AAGGUCUCAACGAGAGCGCCAAUAGUUCUAGAUCAGGACAGCACAUUUUCUUUUUAACCGUGUAGUUGGUACAGUAUUUGAGGUUGAUGUACACACACACACAUCUUUCUUCUUCUUAGACUCAGCCGUUUUGUCAGAUCUCAGCAAGAGAAACCGUCAAUAGCAAUCAGAUCGUCGUUGUCAUCCUCCUCUAACCAUGUUUCGGUAAACGCCAUUAGACAACUUUCCCUAAAAAACGUGGUCGUGGCGUACAUGGGCACAUAUCUCAUCCACUUUGUUUCUAAUUGAGCGGUGGUUAGCUAGAAUAAUCGUAGGAAGUGGUGGGCGAAAACCUCUUCUUCUCAGCCUUUGCCGUUGUCCUCCUUUUUUCCCUCUUUUUCCUUGAACUAAAAGAGGAAAGGUACAGACUGUUUAUAUGUGCAUAACAUGGUGGUAGAGGCGUCCUCUUUGAACGAAGCUUGAGGAGUUCGUCUCUACCAUAUGGGGUGAAAAUAUGUCCUUAUUCUAUGACAUAAUGCUGGUUAUGUCUCUUUUUCCAGUGCUCACGGCAUAAUGGUGUCCUGUAACCAAAACAUCCUUUUUCUGUUUAACAGUAGGUCCUGUGUAAAUGUAAAUUUUAACGUCUUGUAAUGGUUCUGCUCAAGCUAUUUCACCUAUUUCAGACAUAGGACCACGUGACGCGCAUUUAUAAAUAGAUUAUUGAACAUCGAUUUAACAUCAUUCAGUAUAGAUAGAUAUGGGGGACGGACCGGCUCUUCGAAUCUAUAGAUUUUUUGGGAAGAUCGAUAAUUCCGUUGAGGAUUUCUUUUCUUGUACAGCAAAAGGCAUUUGGUUGGUUGUAAUGACUGUUCACACAAGGGUUCUCCUGUACAGGUAGCUAGACGUAAACUCGUUUAAUUUACCAAACUAGUAGCUUUUCAGCAGACGUAGACCAAACUAUUACUUUGCAUUAAAUCCCAGCUAUGCAAUGCUGCUGUGAUGGCCACGACUCCAUCCUUGUGCAGUAAAGAUCCGUAUUGAUUUCGUGUUCAUUCUAAAGGAUAAUUAAAGCUGACAUCGAGGGUAGCUGAUGUGAGAGCAGUUCACUCAUGCUGGACUUUGCAUGGGCGUGGAGUAUGCUAGGAGCUGGUCAAUGCCGUCUGCUGCACCCAAGCUAAAGGAGUUCGCCCAGCGAUGGCAGUAGUGCACUACUCGGUGGUGCUUCUGGUGCUCUGUUUGACCACGUCCACGUCGCACAACACACGAGACACAGACAGGUCUCAGUUUGGGAUGUGGAGCUGGGACCCUGAGGAUACUCUCUACUAUGUACAGUUUAUACUGGCCAGUGUUGCCUUGAUGAUCUAUACAGGUGUUAUGUUCUUUACUAUUGUGUCUCUUGUGGCCAGCAAAUUGUACUUACACAAACCUUCUGGUAUGCUAGAGAUGGGAGAUGUUGUGCCUGGUGUGUCCAUCAUUAAACCACUUAUGGGAGUUGAUCCACUUCUGGAAUAUAAUUUAGAAUCUCAUUUUAAGUUGGCGUAUCCUAAGUUUGAGUUGUUAUUUUGUUUCCAUGAUGACCAAGAUGCAGCCAUAUCCUUAGUAAACAAAUUACAUGAGCGCUAUCAUCAUGUAGAUGUAAAACUUUUUAUAGGUGGAGCCAAAGAUAUAGUGAAUCCUAUGGUACAGAACAUGGCUCCUGCCUACAAUGCUGUACAGUAUGAAUUUGUUUGGAUAAGUUCAAGCCGUAUUGAAGCCUCAGAUGUUAUUUUAAAUGACAUGACUAGCAAGUUACAGAAACCAAAUGUGGCUUUAGUUCAUCAAAUUCCUUUUACUACCGAUAGUCCUGGGUUUGGCUCAACUGUUGAAAAGAUUUACUUUGGCUCUGCAAUGGCCAGGUUUUAUAUAGCCUUCAACAUGCUCGGCCUGUGCUGUGUGACCGGCAUGUCUUACAUUUUUAAGAAGACAUCACUUGAUCAGGUCAAUGGGUUAGCCUGGUAUGGACGCUAUCUGGCUGAAGAUUUUUUUUUAACUAAUGCUCUUCAUGAAAGAGGCAAAUUAGUUAUGUCAGCCAUUCCUGCCAAGCAAAAUGUUGGACAAACAACUCUGUGUGGAUUUAUUGAUCGUAUGGUUAGGUGGGUGAGGCUGAGGUUAAACAUGAUGACUAUUGUGACACUAUUUUUAGAGCCUUUAUGCGAUUGCUUCCCUUUGGGUGCUAUAACAGCAUGGUCUUUACAUCAUUUUUUUGACAUCCAUCCACUGUACUUCCUUCUAGCACAUGUUUUUUCAUGGAUAAUAAUGGAUUAUGUUCUUGUGUCAAAUGUUCAGAAUGGACCAUUGUUGUUUUCAAAAUUUGAAUUUCUUAGAGGCUGGUUUAUCAGAGAAUUAUCUGCAACUUACGUCUUCAUUAUUGCAGUUGUUAAUCUUCACUACAUCCAUUGGGGUCAUCGAAAGUUCCGUGUUAAAUUUGGGGGACUAACAGAACUUGUUCACAAUGAAAUCUUGUGACUGAGCAGACACUUAGGAUUGUUUCAAAGACACUUUAUUUCAGCUCCUGGACUUGAAAGAAUGAGCUUGUAGUUAUUUGCUACUACUCCAUAGCUAUGUGCAUUGUGACAUGCGAUCUGGAGAGACCACCCAGAUUGAGUUUUGUGGUCUCUAUGUCCAUAGGUAGCUUGGUGACACUACUCAAUAGUUGAGCAGUAUAACUUUUGGGUAAACUUCAGGCAUUAGUGGUGUGUUUACUGAAUCUAAAUCUCUUCAUUUCUUUGAUAUGACAUACCACUAUAAUCUUGUAUUAAAUGUAACUAGCAUAAUAUUUCUGAUUUAAAAGGUAAUUUCCCUCAAAAAAGUUUUUUAAAUGGGAAUAUUAGAGAUUUCCAUUCCAUGACAAAGUGUGUGUACAUUUGAAAGCUAAAAACUGCAUUUAUUUUUCUUGAAUGCUCUUCUUGUUCAUGUCAUUUUUAUUAAAGUUUCUUUACCCCCUAAGUGUUGUGUGGAAUUCUGAAAACUAAAAAGUUUUGAAAUAACAAAACACUUUGUCACUAAUGCCUGUGAAAAAUUUGUUUUGUUUACUUAAUAUGUUGUAAAUAUUUUUUUGUUAACUUUGACAUACUAAAUAUUUAUUGUUAUAAUUCAGAGAGAGAGUAAUAACAGCUAGUUAAUGUGUUUAAAAGUGUUGAUGAAUGGUUAAGACAUAGAGAGGUGUAUUUUGAGGAGAUAAAAGUUUGAAGACUUCAUAAAGAUGACUGUAAAUUAUUUUCAUGUUAUUUGUAUUACAAGUGUAGCUGCGUGCACUGUGUCAUACUAAAUUAUUGUGUAGAUGUGAUCUGUGAGAGAAGACUUUUGACAUUCCAUAAGAACUAUGUGCAUAUCGUACCAAGCCAGUAGCUUACUGAUGCUGUUAUUUAAUCUUUAGAUACAAUGUCUUUGAACUUAGGAUUUAAUGAGUUGGCAAUGGGUUCAGACAUCAGGUCUCAUUUCUAUUUCAAUGUGUCCUGAAUCUGGAUAAAUUUUUGAAAUGGAAUAUUUGUCCAAUUAAGGAAGGUUUCUUAUUAUAUCAGACAUGCCUGUAAGAUCAUUUGUGGUGCCCCAACAGACUUAGAGAUAGAUGAGGUGGUGAGUCCAGUUACUAGUACUAGAGCAAGAUAUAUAAGAUGUAGAAUAAUCUAAUCUAGUUAGGCUUAAGUUGAUCUUAGAAUAGAUAUAUAAAUGGUAGAAUUUCCUCUACCAGAUGUUAUGAACAAGAAUCAACAUAUUUAAAACACUUAAAAACUACUGCCAUCUGCAUUCUUUUCAAAAAUUUUAAAAGUAGUUUUUAAAGUAGAAGAAUGAUACGCCUUGUUUACAGCCAUUGAUAUUUUCAUCUUCAUUGUGAAAUUUUUAUUCUUUGAAAAGACAAUCCAGGAAAUUAGACUUGCUUGUGUUUGCACUAUGCACUAUCUUUAUUAUGCAUUUUAAAAAAAAAUGGUUGUGGUUAUUGAAAUAUUUUUGUCAAAAAAGCAGAAUUAUGAACUACUAAAUGAAUAGAUUGUAUAAACUAUGAAAUGGUAGGCAUGUCUGCUAUGUAAGGGCCUUCUUUCAAAAACAUUCACCAGACUUAUGUUUUCAGUUGAAUUGCACAAAUUAUAGAACAUGACCAAAGCAAUGUCCAUGUUUUUUUUUUUACUUUAGUUGAGCAAGAUCUGAUCAUGUUUUUAUUUAUUAUGAACCCUGACCUUAACUACCUGCUAAUAAGCAAAUUUACAACCAAAAAAAAUGUAAACAGUAACAUAUGUCCCAUUUUUUAAAAAAUCAUCACAACUUCCUGUGAAUGAAAACUUUCUUCAGGAGAUUGUUGUGUGCAGAAGUCCUUGCUCAAUUGUUAUCAGUAGGCAUUUAACAACAACAAACAAUUUUUAAAAUAAAAAAAAUAUGCAUCUUUUGAAAAGUUAUCUACUAAUGCUAUUUGAUUAAAACUUUUGGACAUUUUAUUGCCAGGAUGUUAGGGAUUGCAUUUACAGUUGUCAAGUAUUAGCACUAUUUUUUUUAAUUACUUAUUUUUUUUUAUUCAUUCCUACUGUGAUAUUAUUAUUAUAAUAUUUUUUUUUUUGAGAAUAGAUUUUUAUCAGCAUAGUUGGAAUUAGAGAAAGCACAAAGAAAAUGUUUAUUUAUAUUUAAAGCAGUGAAUGUAUUUUGUAGAUUAUGGAUGGUGUUAUUCUUGUACAUCUACACGCAUGUAAGCUGCUCGACACAGGUUUUGGUUAAUAACAUUUGUUAAUUUCACUACUAAUUUAAAACAUUUUCAUAUUGAAUUCAAUUGGUAAAAAUAAAAUAUGUUGGUAAAUAUCCUCAACAGUAAGUUUGCAAAUGAAUUACAAAUUUGCUCACUUAGAGCUUUAAACCAAUGAAGAUAAAAUGUGCAGAUAAAAAACUGGCAUUGUAAUUAAGGAAAUUUUGUUUUGUUUUUUCAUUGUCAUUUUAUUAUACAUAGCUCAUAUACUCUUUUUUUCCCCCUAUCCACUUUGAUGUGGUACUUUUGUUCUACCAUCAAGUAAGAUACUUAAUAAUAUGAGAUUGAAUUCAAAAUUGAGAGCUAUGUUUCAAUAACAUCGUGUUACUUAAGAAAGAAAAAUCUUAAUUUCUUGUCUCAUGUGUUUAUGUUUUUUUUAUUUUCUUCUUAUCAAAAAAUAAUUAAAUCCACUUUUUGAAAUAACAAGGCCAAUUCAGAAAAUACUUCAAAUUAUAGUAUUUAAUCAGUGACCAAAGACUUCAAUAGUGUUUUGCUAUUGAAUCAUUCAACUACUUACUUUUUUUAAUAUUUUUUUUUAUUGCCUUGUGAAUUCAUGUCAACUAUGCAUAUAUAUAUAUUUACUUUUGUUUAUGGGGAUGAAACCUUUUUUUUUAAAGAUUUGUUUGGUAGUAUUCAUAAUUUGGGAAAGAUGUCUGUAUGCUCAUACUCUAUCAGUGAUAUGAUCAGUCUUAAUAGCAGUACUUGAUUGGUGUUAAUACUGGCUUGUGGCUACCGACAUAUUUAACUGUAUUUUAAAAUAUUAAUAUGACCUCUGUUGUAAUUAAUAUUAUAAAAGCUUCAUAAUCCACAAACUAGUUGUCCCUUUUCUUGUAGUCAUAGACUCAAAUUGAAAGUUUUUCCAAUACUUCUUUUCAUUUCAGUGUACUUAAAUAAAAGUAAGAUCUUGAGGAGUUAUUGCCACUGAAAUUUACAAAUUCAUGGUUUGAAACUUAGUUUCAGAUGUUACAUAAGGAAUUAAUAUUAUUUGAACCAAGUGUACUGUAGGAUAGCAGAGGAUGAUAGUGAGCAGAGUUUAUAUUUAAGACCAUCCCGACAACAAUCUGAAAAGUAAUUUAACUCUUUCUCUCCUAACUGACGAUAUCGACGUUGAUUCCAUCAGAACGUGUUAAAUAAUAACGGAUAGAAAGAGUUAAGCAAACCACUGUCUUAAAGUGUCUAAAAGGCUUUGUUGUCUACUAUUGAUCUAUUGCCAGCCCUCCCUAACGUCUCACAUCAUCUUUUAAAUGUGUUUAUAGGAGGGUAAACUGUUAUUAUCACUACCAGGGCAUUUGUUGGUCAAUGGGCAAAUUUGGACUAUUUUUAAAAUAAGUUUUUAAAAUAAUAAACAUUCCAGUAUCUUGGGCCAUCUCAUGAGUUUUCUGUAUGUGAUGUCUUGAGUGGUGACCUCUCUUGUGUAUUUUAGCCAAUUCAUUGAUGUAGGCCUGUAUUUGAGUUUUCUUGCUUUGAUAUUUUGUACAAAGAAAUAACACUAUCUUCCAUGAUCAUUGAAUACUACUUAUUAAACAAGGCAGCCAUGAUGAUGGGGUACACACUCUUCCUUUCUUUUCUUAACUAGUUCUAACUUAAGUUUAUUCAAAAUCAUAAUCAGAAAAAGAAAACUGCAAAUUACUUACAUCAGUUGAAAUAUCAGAUUUACUAAUUUAGAAUACUGUACUUGUGCAUUUAGUUAAAACACUUUGUUUCAAAGGGUAGUUUGCAGAAUUUUUUUUGUAUAAUUUGAUGUAUUCAGCAAUACAUAUCAGAUGUUGACAAAAAAAGACAUUUUUGUGAAUGCUUGAUGUGUGCAUCUUUUUUUAUAGAUCUUAAGAAAAUGUUUUGGGAUUAGUUCUCAAUUUAUGGAUGCAUCUGAUUGGCAUAUAAUUGAUUUUUUUUCUCUUAAUGUUACUGUAUUUUAUUUUUAUUAUUGAAUAGUUAGAAAUAUUAGAUUUACUGUAAUUGUGAAGAGGUUAUCUGUAAAAAAUUAUUAAUUCAAUUAAAAGCAAAAAAAAAAAAAAGAAUUAUUUUUUCCUUUGUUGUGAAUGUAUUGAUAAAUAAUUGCUAUAUAAAAACAAUUAUGAAGUAUUUUGUCUGGUGAAACUUUUUAUUUUUACAAAUGGUAUUAAAGUAUACAUUCUGAGUUUUACUUUGACAUUUAUUGACAUUAUAUUUCCAUCAAAUCAAAGAAAAAACAUCCAUAAUUAUAUGUCUUAAACAUUUAUUUUAAUUUUGAUCAGACUUGCCCAUGUUAUUUUUUUUUUUAUCACUUGUUUUUCUUCUACUAUUUUUUUCAUCUGUAGCCUCUGUUUGACUUCAAUUUACUUAACAAGUAAAAUACAUGGUCCUAAGAUUUCUCCUGUUGAGAGUCUGGAAAGUCAAUUGAAAAUGUGAUGCCAAGCUCAAAUCUUUUUGCCUUAAUUAUUGUUGUAUUGUUGUUUUUUUUUUAAGUUAAAUUUGUGACUCUGUUACUCGACUGAUUGAUGUAAGCUAACUUGUCCCCAAGUAUUACUGUCGACACUGCUGUCUUUAUUCAGCAUUCAUUCUAUUUCUUUUGGAAUGAGAGAUAUUUACAUUUUGUUCAAAUAUUAAAUUGUUUAUUGACCAAUAAGGAUUGCAAUGAUGUGGGCUGUAUGUAAUUUGUAAUUUUGUUCUUCAUUCUUUUGUGACUUUGUUAUUUUUGUUUGUAGGUUGUCCCAUUGCAGUUUUUCACUGUUGUAAAUAUCACCCCCCCCCCCUUUUUUUUUUUUUUUAAAUUAAGAAGGCAGAGAAACUUGCCAUAUGCAAACUUAGGUCUAAUUGGUCUCUUUCUAUAUAUUUUUAGGAUAACUAAAGGAUACUACUGGACUUUCUAACGCACUGUUUAUGAUAUAGGAGAAAGAAAUAGUGACUAUUUGUCUAUCUUAAGCUAUUCGUAUUAUGAUUUAUAGAAUCUUGAUUUGUUGUUGAAAUUUACCCUUUAGACACAAUGGUCUUAAACAUUUGGAGAACCUUUGCGUUCAAGUAUUCUCUUAAACUCACAAAUGAUUUGAAUUAUUGUCAUUUUUUGUUUAAACUAGUUGACAUUUUUAUUGUUCUAAUUUGUUUGUAAAAUGAAAAUAUUACAUUUUUAAACAUAUCAAUGUAUACAUUAUACAUUUUCAAAGUUUCCUGGAUGAUCCUGUCAUAGUGAUUGGGUGUUGUUGUUGUUUUUUAAAUUAAAUCUUGAAUUUUUUAUUUUUUUGUUAAAUAUAUCUAAUAUUUAAAAACAUUUAAGAAACAAUAUUCCUAUUCCAUGUCAAUUUUAUGAUAAUGUUAGAAAAAAAUCUGAGCUAUAAGGGGAUCAGAGCAUAAUCUCAUCUGCCACCAAAAUUAUGCAACCUUAGGAAAUAUUUAUUUUUUUAUGUUUGAAAUCCAAUUAGUCUUAUCUUUAAAACAAUCUGGUCAUUUCUGGCCCAUUGUGUAAUGUAAACUUUCUGUACAGUGUAAAGUGAUGUUAGCAAAUUAAUGUACCUAUAGGACUAUAGGCCAAUUAGAACUAUAUUCUGCUGUUGGAAUAACUACUUAAAACUAAAUUUUACUGCAAAUACUGAUUAUAUCAGCAAAAAAGGGCAGCAAAGAUUAUGAUUACUAAGAAAACUGUCCUCGUUUAAUGUUAGCGAAAAGGCCUUUGCUAUGUUUUAUCGCGCUCAUAUCUGUAAUAUUUUAAGUUUCAAUAUCACUGCCUGGUAUGGCAAUCUGAGCAUUAAAAAUAAAAAUAAACUUUUUAGAAUCCUAAAUGCUGCUGGUAAAAUCAUUGGCAAAAAACAAACCCCAUUUGGGCAGUUGUUUGAGACAAACUUCUAUAAAAAAGCUAACAAGAUCCUCGAAAUAAAGAAUCACCCUUUGUGUCAGGAUUUUCUGAUUUUACCAUCACAAAAGAGAUACAAGACACCGAUGGCAAAGACAAACAGACACAAACACUCUUUUGUUCCCCUGGCAAUCAAAUCAUUAAAUAAGAACAAUCUGGUAUAAACUUUGUCACAUGUAAAUUAUGAGUGAGUCUGGUGUGAAUGUACACUUUGGUGUAAUGCACAAAUUGUAAGACAAAUUUCCAUAUGGACAAUAAAGAUUAUUAUUAUUAUUAUUAUUAUUAAAAAAACAACAACUUGUAUUGCAAUAGUUAUGAUCUACAUGUAAAAAUGUGUGUGUUUUUCAAGUUGUGUGUUCCAAUAUUUUAUUCAACAUAUCAAUCCUUAUGUUUUUAGAUGCAGAUGUUCCUGUAAGGGGUUAACAAUUUUGUUGUAGUUAAUACCUUUUUGAUAUUUGUAAAUAGACCAAAUAUAAACUUAUUCCUAUUGUUCACCAUUUUGUAUAUUUAAAUAAAACAAAUUGAUUGUAUUGAUAUUUUAUUUGAUGAAUACAAGUAUUCCACUUGA